UCCUUUAUCAACUACAAUAUUCACCAUAUAAUUAAUUUGAAUUAGGCAAAGACUCCAUUAUACCAAUAGCCCUUUCAUACUUGUAUUCCACCCAUAAUCAAUUGGCAAAGACUGGGCCUUCUUCAACCCAUAAUACCAAUAGAGACCCACCUCGUGCCUAUGGUUCUAAAAACAGAGUGCCAAGCCCUUUUGUCCCACAAAAGAAAAGAAAGGCUGUUCAACAGAGUAAUGAAAUUGAAGGCGGAGAACAGGGGACUCCCUCCUCUGCUUACAAUGCGCGGGAAAGGAACGAAGGCGCGGAGGAAGAUGAUCCAGAAAUUCCUCCGGGAUUUGAAAAGAAUUUGUCUGUGGUUCCAGUGGCCGACUCCAAGCCACCCAAGGCGCCAUGAAUGCGAUUGUGUGGAAUUGUAGGGGAUUCAGAGAGAACCCUACAGUUCGUCAGCUGCGAAAGAUGGUUCGGAAAUUCAGUCCAUCUAUUGUGUUUCUGUCCGAAACUAAGAAGGAGUCCUACACGGAGCAAAAGAGGAAGAGUAUGAGGUUUGCCGAAAGGUUCUAUGUGAGCCCGGUGGAGAGAGCAGGAGGUCUAGCUUUGUGGUGGGUGGCUGGUCUUCCCAUCCAAAUACUGGAUAGUAGCUGUUAUUUCAUUGAUGCUUUUGUUGAUUUUAAUGGUGGUUUUUAUAUUACUUUUGUCCAUGCCCCAACUGAUCCGGCUAUCCGGAGGGAAUUUUGGAAUCAGAUUAGCAACCUUAGAAGUAGUAUUGAUGAAAAAUGGGUUGUCAUAGGGGAUAUGAAUGCGGUUCGUUUUUCAGAUGAAAAGGUAGGAGGGGGACCUCUUAGAAAUGAUUAUGUAUUUCCUUUUAAAGCUUUUGUUGAUGAGAAUGCACUUAUGGAGAUUGGUUACAAGGGCUACCCCUACACUUGGAAAAAUAAUCAGGAGGGUCAACGUAGAAUUGAUGAGAGGCUCGACAGGGCUCUAUGUUCAGCAGCUUGUUCUCUACGUACAGUGAGUCUAUCGUGUAUCAUGAGCUGCCAAUUGAGUCGGAUCACAGCCCGUUGAGAUUGGAAUUCGAGGGACCAAAAAGAAAAGCUAAAAAGUCGUUCCGCUUUGAUGCUAGAUGGCUCCAAAGUGAGGAAUGCUACGAAAUUGUGAACCGAAAUUGGGAUGAAGGAGGACUCUGCCAAGAUCGUAUGACAAAAUGCGAGAAAGAAUUGGAGAAAUGGGCGAAGCAGAUGUACCUUGAUCAGAAUAAGAUAGUGUGUGAGAUUCAGAAAAGGAUUGAGGAAAUUCUCCUCAUGGAACAAACUCAGGACAUCAUUGAUGAGGAAAAAAGCAUUAUGAAUGAAUUGGUGGCGAUUUGGAAGGAUGAAGAACUUUUCUGGCGCUAAAGGUCAAGGAUUGGUUGGCUUCAAGAAGGAGAUCAAAAUAACAAUUUCUUUCAUUCUUCAACUGCUCACAGGAAACAGAGGAACAAGAUAGUUUCACUGAAGGAUGAAGGUAGAAAUUCAAUUACACAUCCGGCUGAAAUAUCCUCCCAUGUUACUGGAUUCUAUAAAUCUCUAUUCACCAAAUCGGAUCAAAUUGAGAAUGACUCCUUGCAGGACUUCCCUCAUCUUGGUCACUAGGACAAUCCGUUAGUACAUUCAGCACGUUAACUAACACCAUCAAAGAAUUGGACGGAAGAGACAAUUUUUUGUAUUUCGCCAAAAGUGGCUAUAUUUGGCCAAACCAUCAAAGUUUUGACUACACAGGUGUAUUUUGCCUAAAAUCUGUGCUGCAACUUAUUUUGUGUAGACAGAAGUGACAUGUUAUACCCAUAAGUUUUUAUAUGAAUUCAUUAGUUUAUAUGUUUCUAAAUUAGUAUCGAUUUUACCAGUUGUAAUUGCAGGUGUAGAAAAUGCAUUUUCAUCAUUGGGAAGGUGACGAAACUAGGAUUUGGCUUUUCGAAUUGGUUUUAUUUUGUGACUGCGAGAAGACAAUAAAUUAAACAAAAUAGUAAAAAUGAUAUUUUUGAUAUUAUCAUAGUAUCAAUUUUCAUCCAUAUAAUACUAAAUUUUAGAAAUAAAAGACUUAAAAAACCAUAUUGAAUUAUUGAUAUUGCAAAAUUAAGAAAUCGUAAGAUGAAAACUAAACGAGCAAUUAUUGAGAUAUAUUAAAAUUGAAAAGAGAAUUACAAUAAAAACUAUAUCCAAGGGGUUCUGAACUCACAAUCAAAAGGAGUAAACAGUGGGUUCUCACUGGGCUCAUUGCCUUCGCCUUCAUAUUUCAUGUUUGCACAAUGAACAUUUUUAUACAAA